AUGAGGCAUCCACCCGCCCUGCCGACUCUCUCCAUUGACCAGAACAUCCUGGAAGUCUGUGACACUGUCAAGGUCCUGGGGGUCACCAUCCAGAGUAAUUUGCGUUGGGACAGUCAGGUGGACCACAUGCUGACCUCAGCGAACAGGAAGCUUUUUGCUCUGCGUCGCCUGAAGAAAUUUGGUGUCCGAGACCCAGAACUGGUUUCUAUCUACACAGGCUACGUACGCCCAGUGCUAGAGUAUGCAGUCCCCGUCUGGCACAGUUCCCUGACUACAGACCAGGCUAAAAGGCUGGAAAGCACGCAGAAACGGGCUUGUAAAAUCAUACUUGGCCAGAGAUACUCAGGCUUGGCUGUGCUGGUGCGUGCUCAGAGUGCCGUGUUAAGUUCCCUGUGUGAAUGCCCAGAUCCUGACGUGCCCAGGAACUUCAGGGUGACCGCUUGGGACAGCAACAGUGUGACCGUGGGAUGGGACUGCCCCCCGAGCGACCCCGCCUCGGGCCUCACCGCCUUCCUGCUCACGGUCUUCCACGUGGACGGCUCUGGCCACGUCCUGGAGGAGAGGAGCUUCAGACACACGCUGGGCAGCCCGGUGUUCACCGUGGGCAGCUUGCCUCCCUGUAGCAGGGUGCAGCUGGGGCUUCAGGUGGUGUGCCAGUCUACGGGCCAGUCUGUGGGCCAGUCUACGGGCCAGUCUGUGGGCCAGUCUACGGGCCAGUCCCGCCUCAGCAGGAUGGUCCUCAGCGAUGGAAACUCUGCAAACUCUGAAAUCAUAAACCUACACCAGUCCUCCUUUGGCUCCCGCAACUAUACGGUGAGCUGGUCCGUGCAGAACAUCUCCUCCAUCUCCAGCUUUAAGGUGUACCACCAGGGGGAGCUCCAGAGCUCCACGCUCCUCACCUGGCACACAGUGACAGGCCUGCUUCCCUGCCACCAGUACAGCUGCAGGGUGGAGGCCCUGUGUGGGGACAGCACGGUCAUGAGCGUUAGCACCAUCCAGACAAAAACAGGCCCUGGUGAAGUGUUGGAUCUCCGAUUUAGGCAGAAGGACUCGAUAGCCCUGUGGAGCGGCAGGUCUGGGGUGGGCGUGGCCUUCUUGUACCGCCUCUCUGAGAGGGGCGGCCCGAGCGUCCGGAAGGGGAGGCUGGCAGGCCCCCCUGCCUCUGCGGGCCUGAGGUCUGGCUCCCCGUAUGACCUGGAGGUGGUGCCAGAGUGCGAGGGUGGCGAGCGUGGAGCUCCAGCUGUGCUCUACUUCAUCCCAGAGGAAGUUCCUGGCAGUGCCCCCAAUGAUGCCCCUGGAGACAUCCUGCUACCCAGAGUUGUUGACUCUGCAGACCAAACAACAGAUCCCCUCGGACUGCAGGUUCAUCUCCCCAGCCAUGAAAUGUUCCUUGUUGUGCCAUGGACAAUGCCGCCAUCGCUGGAGGAUCCGAGGGCAGAAGCUCGAGUCCUGCUGGAGGGCAUUAUUAAAAGCAAGCUGCAGAACUUACUGAGUAAAUUCUGGCCAAAAGCAGAGGUGCAGCUGAUCUCGUUUGAAGACAGCGAGAGGAAAACAAAAACCAAGAUCACUUUUGAAAGCUUUGAUGUUUCCAGCCAGGAUGGGGUAGUGAUCCUCCGCCCUGAGGAGCAGCUGCAGCAUAUUAUCUCUCUCGGCCAUGCCCACAUCACCGUCACAGACGACAGCAUCUACUGGGACGACCCAGAUGAGUGUGACUCCCCCGCCCUGAACAAGUGCAGCUCCAACUCCGUUUGCAUCAACACCCUGGAGUCCUUCACCUGCGUGUGUGAGCCGGGGUACUACAGCCUGAGCCCCAUCCUCAGCCCUGCCUGCCACGAGAAGGGGAUGUUCACGCUAUGCCUGAAGGACCAUGUAUCUGGGGGCAUCUCCAAGCCUUUCCUCAUCCACUACUUUGGCGGGAAUGUGACUGUUGUCCUCAAUGAUGGUCGCUGCUCCAUCAACGAGACGGACAAGUUUUAUUAUUACAGGAUAACUGGCGCCCCCUCCCAGUGUGGAGGCCAAACGCUUAUUAACAGGACGCAUGUGGAGUUGAGGAACGCGCUGACUGUGACGCUCAGCAGCGGGAGAUCCAUCACACGGAGGGACCUGAAGGUGCUGUGGACCUGUGCCUACCCGCUGCUCCAGACCAGCACAGCCCGCAUGAAGCCUGGUCUGGACUGGGUUACCUCUCACAGUGUGGUGCAGGUGAAUUCGUCCCGCCUCCUGGAGAUCAGCAUGGCCUUGUACAGUGACUCAUCUUACGCAUACAACUACACUGGCCCUGUGGAGCUCCCUUCUGCAGAGCAGCUGUACAUCCAGGUGACCCUGCACUGUGAGAACAGCCUGGCCUACAACAUGAGCCUACAGCUGGAGUCCUGCUGGGCCACACAGACCGCAGACCCACAAGAGGAGAAGAAGGCUUUUUUCCUGAAGGGGGGCUGCCCAAACGACAGAACCUUCCGCUGGUACCUCCGGAGCAGUUCCCCUCAAAGGAAGAGGUUCUCCAUUCAGAUGUUCACCAUGUCUGACCACUCCCACAUCUACCUUCACUGCCUGAGCAGAAUAUGCAGCCAAGAUGAGAACUGCACAACGGUAACUCCCCACCACUGCAAACUGUACACAAUGAACUGCUCUCCCAGGCAAAACCAAAAGGUGAGAAGAGAUCUACCGGACAAACUCACAGCUAUUCUUUCAGCAGGACCCAUCUCUGCAGCAAAGAGGAAACUGUCAAACUGGCCUGGAGCCCAGAUCAUGCUAUCAGUGGCCGGAGGAUUGAUUGGCUUAUUUUUUCUGACAGCACUGGGUGUGCGUGCAGCACACGCUAUAACACCGCGCAACCCCAGACAUCAAUAAAGUGUGUUUACCUGCACGGUUUAGUCCGU